UCACUCCACAGUUUCCGGUCCGUUGCUAAAAAACCCUCUUCCUUUCCGGUGCUGAUACUCCACAUACGCAGACAUGCCUCUUGCAAAGGAUUUGGUGCACCCCAGCCCUGAGGAGGAAAAGAGAAGACACAAGAAGAAACGUCUCGUGCAGAGUCCAAAUUCAUAUUUUAUGGAUGUCAAAUGUCCAGGCUGCUACAAGAUCACCACAGUGUUCAGUCACGCUCAGACUGUAGUGCUGUGUGUUGGCUGCUCCACAGUCCUCUGCCAGCCGACGGGAGGGAAAGCUCGUCUGACAGAAGGGUGUUCAUUCAGGAGGAAACAGCACUAAAUGCACCGGACUUGGCUGGACAGCCGCUGAGAAGGAGAGAGUAAAACUUGAUGUUCGUCAAGUUAAUGCUGCCAUGGAGCUGAUGCAGCAAUCAGAGAAUGGAGAGUGGGAUUAAAAUCAUCUCUAUCUACUGAAAUGUUUGGCCUUGUUUGGACUCUAGCAAUAACACAUGACAAUUCAUUUUAAUCUCUUGAUGAACAGGGAUUAUUUUGUUUUGAUCCAAAAUAUCCCACAUGUUCAUGUCACCCAGUUGUGUUUUGACAAAGUUUGUCUUGUAAAUUUUAGGUCAUUUAAGGCCUCAGAGUUUUAUCAAGUAUGGAAGUGUUCUGUGUUAGUGCUGCUAUAACAUCCAGACUAAAACAUAAACGUCUGCCAAGUUAAUUCCACAGUCAAGUAAACAUUUCGUUUUAAGUAGACUAUGAUUUUUGAUCAGUGCCUGCAGUGUCAGUGCAGAGCCUCCUGCUCUGAAGGAGGGGUUUUAUUCAGGGAAAGUCUUUGCUCCCGUGUUUUCUGCUGCUUGUAAAACACAGUGAUGUGACACUUAAUGACAAAACAAUGAUCGUUGAGAUUAUGCAUUUAUGUAUGCUUGUGAACUUCCUGGCAAAAUGAUUUUUGGGGCGAUAAUGUUCAGUUGCAAAAAACAACUGUAUCUAGCUUGAGAGAAGUGUAGAUACUUGACAUAAAUGUGUAUCUAUAUUUGACUUCUCUUUAAGCCUUAUGAGCAUGCAGGUAUUUUCAGUCUAAAAGCAUGAAGUUGUAUACUUAACGACAUUAUGUGAGGAGAGGAAAUUUAGUGACAACUUUCUUCUUGCUAUAGUGACAUCUUGUGUGUGUCUAAUGAUUUGAUACAGCUUACAAAUAAAAUCUGGGAAAAAUGUCA